UCUUCCUGGACUUGACAGACUACUCCAAGGCUGAUGACACCCAGCAUUAACUGCACAUCAGAUGUGAGAAGAGCUGUUUUCCAACUUUCCCUGGACUUCAUUCAAAGCAACAGCUGGUUCAGACAAACUCCUGAGAAAGCUCAGCUUUCUGCCAACCAAGACUAUCUCACCAUUUCGUAGAAGGCAUAUGCUCUUAGAUUGAAAGACAACCUGCUGUUGCUGCAGUCAUCCGGACUCUUCCAUGUUUUGGAUACUUAGGAGAAACACCUCCCCUUUCCAUCUCCUGUUGGAAAGAUGACAUCCAAUCUCAUUCUGGAUUUUGAUGAGUCGAGAGCCUCUGACCUCUAGACUGAAGACACCUCUCUCUGGUGCAGUAUGAAACGGGUAACUUCUCGAAAGCCCUUUGGUGUUCCAGGACAUAGUGGCCAUGCUGUUUGGCAGUGUGCAUUUCUGACAGCCUAUCACACCUGGGGCUCCGUUCUUUUCACUACUUCCUUGGGAUUUUCAGUUCAAGACUGGGAUUCAGUCUUCACUAUCAGGGCCCUCUUUGCGAGCAUGAUAUCAGUUACCUCCCCCUUCCACUGAAGAACGCCACCAUGCUUUACAGAGCUCUUUCCUGCCUCUAGUACUUUUGCUAUGGAUUUGCUAAGAAAGUGUCUGUCUACAGAAGAAAGAGGAGCUCGCUCCCAGAUCUGGAUGCAAAUGGGCUGGCUCCUCCAUGUCCCAAGCUACUUCCUAAACUUUCUGAUCUUACCAAGACUUUCAGCUAUGCCCCACUCUUGCCUUUGCACCCCAGGUUGACACCAGGCAGCUGAAAGACCCAACAAUCUGUCUCGGGACAUCAGACCGCUAAGCACAGUACCUGUGUUAACAGAUGCGAGGCAGGUGCUAACUUUCUAUCUGUGUCAUAGCAUCCUGUUUUGUGGAUACCGCUAGAGCAGCAAGACUAAGAAAACAAAGUUAAGAUGUUUUCUGAAAUGCUGAUUUGCAGACUUGAAAUUAACAACCUCUGCCAGUAAAAGAAGUGAUACAACACCAAAGUUUGACAGUGCCGAGGGAGAUGGAUAUGGCAGUGAAAGGUAGAAAAUACAUUUCCUUGCCCCUCUCCUCUGCCCUCCUGGAUCGCAGCGCUCCACUUCAAAGCGCUAGAAGUCCCUGAGAUCCCACCAGAGGCCAGCCUCUAAACGCACAGGUCACCAAGAAACACGCAGCCAAGCUGCUGCUGGGGAUCGUGCCCUGCGUGCCUGCCCGAUUUACACCUACCAUCGCCGCCAUCCAUCGCCGAUAGCUGCAGGCAGGUCUAUGCCACGCCACACAGACCAAAGGAUGCUCUCGAGAUGCUGCUAACAGCAGGCCAAUAUCAGCUAUACCUCUUCUGUUUCAUAUGGUGAAAUGGAUGACUGGGACAACAGCGAGGAAUUUGUUCAGCGACUGGAUUUUUCCAGUUGUGGUGAAGAGAGUGAAGACAGAAGUGUAAGUGAGGAGGACAUCCUGAGCUCAAGCCCCCCCAGGAGCUGCGAGUUCCAGAAGUAUCAAGGGAGCAGUCCUCUGCCAGCAACCCCUCAGAGAGAGUUCAGUGAGAUUUUCCUGAGCAGGACAAAAGCCUUGAUGAGUCCUACCCUCAAGCCUUCCCCGGCCAUGAGCAAGAGCCAGGGUAAUGCCGAGACACCACUGCACAUCACCUGGAAAAAGCUGCAGCUGUGUGACACCCCGCACACUCCCAAGAGCCUGUUAUCGAAGACAGCUUUUCCUUCGUCUGGGACAAAGGUCCCACCCAAAGGCUUCCGACAUCUGAGAUUUACUCCUGGUGAUGACUCGGAUGACUCUGCCCAAGCUUCUCAUGUCAACAUUAAUCCCUUUACACCAGAGUCAUAUCGACAAAUGCUCUUUCUUCCUAAUGGCAAGCGGAAGACCAGAGAAGAGCUGAGUGAUUCUGACGCAAGAAACUGGAUAAAACAGGAGAUACCUACAAAGAGAUAUCCUCUGAAAGAGAGCAAUAUGGUUUCCCGCUACAAGAAGGAGUUCCUGGAACUAGAAAAAAUUGGUGUGGGGGAAUUUGGCUCUGUCUACAAGUGCAUCAAACGCCUUGAUGGAUGUGUUUAUGCCAUCAAACGUUCCAAAAGGCCUCUGGCAGGAUCCUCGGAUGAGCAGCUGGCACUGCGCGAGGUUUAUGCUCAUGCUGUCCUUGGACACCACCCCCAUGUUGUGCGCUACUACUCGGCGUGGGCGGAGGAUGACCACAUGAUUAUCCAGAAUGAAUACUGCAAUGGUGGGAGUCUCCAAGACAUGCUGUUGGAAAAUGCAAAGCUUGGCCAGUAUUUCCCAGAAGCAGAGCUGAAAGAAAUAUUGUUGCAAGUCUCCAUGGGGCUAAAAUACAUCCACAACUCUGGCCUUGUGCACCUGGAUAUCAAACCUAGUAAUAUCUUCAUCUGUCACAAGCUGGCAGUUGUGUGCCCUGCUGGGCAGGAAGAGAGUGACAGUGAAGAUGAAUUAUCUUCUGGUGUGGUAUAUAAGAUCGGUGACCUUGGCCAUGUGACAUCAAUAACAAACCCCCAGGUGGAGGAAGGAGACAGACGUUUUUUGGCCAAUGAGAUUUUGCAAGAGCAAUACUACUGUUUGCCGAAAGCAGACAUCUUUGCCCUGGCACUCACAGUAGCUCUAGCAGCCGGUGCGGCACCGCUGCCUCACAACGGGGCCAUGUGGCACAACAUCCGCAAAGGCAAUAUCCCACCAAUCCCCCAGAAGCUUCCUCACUGCUUUCUUGAACUCCUCAAGCUCAUGAUCCAUCCUGACCCAGUGGAAAGACCUUCUGCCACAGCUCUUACAAAGCAUCCAGUUCUCCGUCCUUCAUGUGGAAAAGCUGUGCAGCUCCAGAAGCAGCUAAAAGUGGAGAAGUGCAAGACUGCCAUGCUGGAAAGGGAACUUAAAGCAGCCCGCCUUGCCCAGACCCUCAUGAAGAACCAGCCCUUAGGAAGUGCCAAGUUGCAAGAGUCUGAAACAUCUUCUAAGCAGAACAGCAAGCGCUUGGUGGGAGGGAAGAGCUGUCGCUCAUUUAGCUUUACUUUGGGUUACUGAACUUCUGUGUUGUCCAAAAAGCUCUGGCUGCUGAAUGGCCCUGUGAAAGCAGAGGGCGUGCACACGCCAAUGCCCCAUGUUAGCUCUCCCUGUCACGGUUUUUGGUUCCCUCAUUAGUUAUGGUGAGAUGUUGGCUGAUGGAAGAAUGACUAUCUGACAAGUGUCAGAUCAUGGGAUUUAAGAUUAUUGUUCUCAGUCUUUUACCUGUUUAAUUUCUUGUGUAACUGGUCUUGGUCUAGACUCAGAAUAGCUUUGCCAUACAAGGGAAAGGUUGGCAUUUCCUCGCUUCGCUCUUUGUCUAGUUGGGCCCUGUUAUUGAUGAUGUUUUUAUGGACUUAAUGCUCUGGCCACCUGUGUAUCUUUAGAGGGGAGAUAGUGGCUGUACAUGGAGACAGCAUCUACAGCUGGGUCCUCCUAGAAGUGAGGAGAUGGAGACUAUGGUAGACAGUUUUAACUACACAUCAGGAGACAGACUGGUUAUGUAGCAGUCCUGGUGGACUUGGGAUGCAACUGGAGUGGCAUUUCACUGAGGGGGGGACAAAGAAUAAAAGGAAACACUUUGAGUUAAGGGGGCCUUACUUGUGGAAGUUGAAGGAAAACUUCCCCUCCCUUAACUUCCAGUGACAAGCAUGGUAUCAUGUAACUGACAUGGUUAAGCUCUUGCAGACUAGUCCCCGAUGCCUGACUUGUUCUAUGUUAAUGAUCGGCAAGGACUCCUUGCUUAAAGUGGGGGGAAUAACUGCGGUGUGCUGGCAGGUGGGUCUGUGUACCCGGUUCCCUUCCACUACCUUACACGUGGUACAACCGCCUGCCUGCAGACUGCAGCCUGUCAGCAACGGUGAGGGAAAUCAUAUGGAGGGGCUUCUCAGGCCUUGUCAGCUCUCUGGAGUUGCCCGUGUAAAGUGUGUAUGUAUUUUUAAUAUUCGUUAAAUCUCAACCCCCUGCUUAACGUAACUUUCUGAGUCCUUGCCGGCUGCGUGUCUCGCUGUGGUAGCUGGAGUGCUGUUAGGCGGGAGAGCGUGGAGUUGGUAACUCAGUUAUUUUCGGAUUUUACUGAAGCUUGUUCUCAGGUGUUGGACAGUGCUGGCUUUUUAAACUGUUAGAUCCUACCCUUUAAGAAGCGAAACGUGCAAUAAAGAUUUUAA